AGUGCCUUGUAUCAUCAUUUCAAUUGCAGAAUUGUAGCUGAACUUUUCUUCCACAAUCAUCGUUAUUAAAAACAGCAUGUUCUUCUCUAAUCAUUUUAUCUUUAGAUCUUUCAUACACGAGAAAAUGCAAAUGAAAUCGACUGUAAUUCUGACCAUCCUGUGGUGUUGCUGGAUGAUCCAAGACAUCUCAGGAAAUCCCGUUCAAUCAUCAGCUAUGAGACAAUCGUCAACAUACGGCCCUCCGUUAACUGAAGCUGAACUCAAUUGCAUACCAACGUACAGUAAAGCAGCAACCAAUCAGGCUUUUUCCGAGGGAAACGAUGUCGUACCUAUUCCUUUUUUUGAUAAUAAAAAUGCCUAUUUGGAUCAUAAAUGGCCUAAUGUUACUAAUAUCCCGUAUGUCAUCGACUCUACUUUUGAUGCAAGCGGACGUUGCGCUAUUGGUAAUGGCAUGAAAGCAUAUCACAAGAAUACUUGCAUUCGUUUUGUGCCCCGAACGAAUGAAGUUGACUACGUUCAGAUCAAUAGAUUGAAUAUCACAGCUUGGAGUUGUUAUACACUUGGACUUGGUUACUAUAAAGGCUAUGGAGCCCACUCUGUCAACUUGUCUCCUGCCUGUUACGCUUCGCAAACCGGUACAGUAAUGCAUGAACUGAUGCAUCGUGUCGGCUUUCAUCACGAACAUACUCGCCCUGAUCGCGACAAUUAUAUUAACAUCAUUUGGUCCAAUAUUGAUCCUAGUUUGCAGUCACAGUAUUAUGCUGCAAAUGAUUCAAGUCUUAUCCUGAGUUACGACUAUGGUUCCGUGAUGCACUACGGAUUGUCAAAUUCAAUGACAACCAAAAAAAAUGUUAAACGUGCCCUAAUAGGACAGCGAUACGGAUUUAGUAAGCUGGAUAUAAUGAAGCUAAACCGAAUGUACUGCAAACUUUAGACAGCGUCUUUUUAUUGCUUCUCACUGGCUACGACGAUAAGAUUCCUAUUGAAGACUUCACCAUCCACGUAUAAUAUCUUUUUAUAAAACUUUACAAAAAAAGUUUUUAGCAUUUAUAAUUGUAUUACUAUGUUUUGGUGCAGGAUAUUUUCUCUUUUCAUUGAAUGCUUUUAAUUUAUCCUAUCUUAUCUCUAAUACAUAAAGUAGUUGGUUGCACUUAAA